GGAGAUGCUCUUAGACAACAAAGAUAAGAAGCCACGUGGGACCAUUGACUUUCUUGAGUAAUGGUAGCCAAGUAAACAAGGUGAAACACAAACUGAGCAACAUUGUAAUUAAUAGUCAGAGAGGAGGAGAAGAGAAGGAGAAGGAGACUCCUCAUGCCGUACUAUACCAAAGACGACGAUGAAGUCGACGACUUCAAUGAUUACGAUCCCACGCCGUAUAGCGGUGGCUAUGACAUCACCAUGACGUACGGUCGCUCAGUCCCGCCGUCAGACGAGACUUGUUACCCUCUCUCCUCUCCCUCCGGUGACGCGUUCGAAUAUCAGAGACCCGUGUUUUCUUCAAGCCAUGAGCCUUCUGCUUAUGGCGACCAGGCUGUUAACACCGAGUACAGUAGCUAUGCCCGACCCAAACCCCGCCCCGGAGGCGCUCACGUUGAAGGUCAGUACGGUGGAUCUGGACCUGACUUUGGCCGGAAACCUGCUUCUGGUUAUGGCGGUAGAACGGAGGUUGAGUAUGGCCGUACACCUGUGUCUGAGCACGGCCACACAAAAUAUAGUGGGGAGGACACUGGUGAUGAGAAGAACAUGAAGAAGGAAAAGAAGAAGGAUAGGAAAAAGGAUGGUAAAGGCUCUGACGAUGAUGAGAAGAAGAAAAAGAAGAAGGAUAAGGAGCAAUAUAAGCACCACAAUGACCAUCAUGAUGAUGGCUAUGAUGAGAAAAAGAAGAAGAAAGAGAAGGACCAUCAUGAUGAUGAGAAAAAGAAGAAGGAUAAGGAUCAUCAUGGCGAUGAUGAGAAGAAGAAGAAAAAGAAAGACCAUCAUGAUGAUGAUGAAAAGAAGAAGAAGAAGGACCAUCAUGAUGAUUAUGAUGAGAAGAAGAAGAAGAAGGAUCAUGUUGAUAGUGAUGAUGAGAAGAAGAAGAAGGACCAGCAUGAUGAUUAUGAUGAGAAGAAGAAGAAGAAAAAGGAUCAUGAUGAUAGUGAUGAUGAGAAGAAGAAGAAGAAAAAAGAUUAUGAUGAUAGUGAUGAUGAGAAGAAGAAGAACAAGAAGAAGGAGAAGCACCACAAGGGCCAUGAUUAA